AUGAUUAGCAUUGCCUUCGAGGACGAGGCUUACAAUGCGCCAAAGGAUUUCUCCCCAAGACAUCUAUUCGCGCUGAGAGCGAAGAAAGGGCCUUGUCAAAUUGUGCCUUGGAAGCAAAAAAUGCUCGACAUUCCUGUCUUCCGCAGGGCUAUCAAGACCAAAGACGGUGUAGAAACCUCUAAAGAUGCGCCUCUCCCAUACAACCAGUAUCAUGGUUGGCUCGUUCUUCUCGGAGUUGCCCUAGGCUUUAUCUACACCUUGACGACGUAUUGUCUGCGAAGAGCAUUAGGCAAUGCUAUCAAUGGUAAGACUCGCAAUGAUGAUCCUAACUCGAACGCGGCGGUGCGAAAUCUAGUCCUUGAUCAUGGCACCGGAUCUGAGAUCUUCGAACGCAACUAUAUCUCACGGACGAUUCGUUACUUUACCCAAGAUCAGUUCUGGGGAAGAAGCUCUGAUCAUGAGUCUGCAAGGACUGCGAGCCAGAUCGGCCUGCUCCGAGAUCCUGAUCGACCGAGGAAACUCAGCGCCGAACAAGGACAGCAGGUACGACAAGACCCUGAGGUCCGAGAAUUAGCCGCUGUCCGGGGUCGGUUACGCGCUCAGAUCGAGGAAGUAUUCGGUGUGAUCGAAAUGGCGAAGGGAGAACCAAUCUAUAAUGACUACCAAGCCGUGAAGGCGUCCCUUGCCGCUACUAUCCGAAAGAAAGAGCGGGCGUUGCUGAAGCGGAUUCAGGAGGAGUACGACUUGAAUGCCCCCGUGUUGGCUAUCCAGCAGCAAUUGAAUGGGGAACAAUCUGACGAUGACGACGAUGACGAUAAAGGAGGUAUUCCCACUGAAACGGUCCCCAUUCGGAUCGCUGAAAGACGCUACAUCGCAGAAUGUGCGGUGCGGGACCCAUCUGUACUCCGUGAUCAGAAAGGUUAUGCCUUCCAUGUUGAGUUCUCCACCAAUCUGAUUGCAUUAUGUAAACGGAGAGAUCGCCGCCAGGUGACAACCAGGUGCUCUCCAGAGCUGGCUUCCGUCAAGACUACUUUGGAUUCGCCACGGCUGCCCGAGAGAGAACCCAUCGUCAAGCGUGACAAUCCACUGAAGUGCCAAGACUGGCAGUGUCUUUUUUGUCUAGCCAGUUACGACCUUCCUUUGGAGGAGCGAAAACGCAAGUACAAAAGGAAAUAUACGCUUCAGAAACACGUCGAUCGAUGUCGUCUCGAAUAUUACGGUCCUGACGAUCCCAUCCCUUGCCCUGAUGGUCAUGCGUGCGUGGACUGAUUCUGAACGGAAAGAACG